CGCCCCCAAGGCGCCGGAAGUGGAGUGUGGAGCCGCGCUGCGUGCUGUCAGUCUCUGUGGCCGCGAACCCCUUGGUCGUGGGAUCCGUCCAGGCAGCGCGGGCUGUCCCGGUCCCCUUUGGCUGCGCGAUCCGGAGAACACAAUGGACAGCAAUGAGUUAAUUGAAUACUUUAAGUCUCAGAUGAAAGAAAAUCCUGACAUGGCCUCAGCAGUAGCUGCCAUCCGGACUUUGCUGGAGUUCUUGAAGAGAGAUCAAGGGGAGACGAUCCAGGGCCUGCGAGCGAAUCUCACCUGUGCCAUAGAAACUCUGUGUGACGUGGACUCCUCCGUGGCCGUGUCCUCCGGCGGGAAGCUCUUCCUGCGCUUCAUCAGCCUGACUUCCCUGGAAUACUCUGAUUACUCUAAAUGUAAAAAGAUCAUGAUUGAGCGGGGAGAACUUUUUCUCAGGAGAACAUCCCAAUCGAGAAAUAAAAUUGCAGAUCUGUGCCAUACUUUCAUCAAAGAUGGGGCGAGAAUACUGACUCACGCCUACUCCAGAGUGGUCCUGAGAGUUUUAGAGGCGGCAGUGGUGGCCAAGAAGCGUUUCAGUGUGUACGUCACAGAGUCACAGCCUGACUUAUCGGGUAAGAAAAUGGCCAGAGCUCUCUACCACCUCAACGUCCCUGUCACCGUGGUCCUGGAUGCUGCUGUUGGCUAUAUCAUGGAGAAAGUGGAUCUUGUCAUAGUUGGUGCUGAAGGAGUUGUUGAAAAUGGGGGGAUUAUCAACAAGAUUGGAACCAACCAGAUGGCUGUGUGCGCCAAAGCCCAGAACAAGCCUUUUUAUGUCGUUGCAGAAAGUUUCAAGUUUGUACGACUCUUCCCACUAAACCAGCAGGAUGUCCCAGAUAAGUUUAAGUAUAAGGCAGAUACUCUGAAGACUAUGCAGACCAAACAGGAUCUCAAAGAGGAGCACCCAUGGGUCGACUACACCUCCCCUUCCUUAAUAACACUGCUGUUUACAGACCUGGGGGUGUUGACACCCUCAGCAGUCAGCGACGAGCUCAUCAAGCUGUAUCUGUAGCCGCUGGAUCCCUUCCUGCGGGCGCACAGCUGAUGCACUUGGGCAGGACUUAGGGACGAAGGACCUAAAGCCUUAAGACUUGGAAACUUGAUCCAUUUCAGCCCCAUCUAAAAUGUGUUCAUGGUUUCCCUAAAACCCAACCUGAGUUGCGUCUAUGGUUUCUAGACACUUUCCAGUUUCCAGAAAUACAAGUUAAUUAUUGGCUACUUAACCAAUGAAAGACAUGCCCAAGCCCACCUCACCUCCCUUCCCUGCACUCCAGACUGAUUUGCCAAAAGCAUCGAUUAAAGAGAUGCAGGCCUGCAAGAGAGGCAUUCCUACCUGCAGCCAGGCGCCCCUGCAGGAACCAACAGGCGCCCAGGACACGUUACAAACGGUGCCUUAUGAGAGGCUGGAAAGCCGGGUUGAAAUCACAUCAGGCAUCCAGUGGUGACCAAGAGCCUGGGGCUGCCCUCCCCUCCUCGGGAUUGGGACAGACGGGACCGGAAACCACCCAGAAAACCCAAGGAGGGUAGAAACAACAUUUAGGAGGAGUAGCCUCCGUGGCUCAGCACGUAUGAAGACCCUCCAGAACAUCUGUAAACUUGGAAGUCUGCAUCUGUGGAAGAUGUGAAUUUCCUUUAAACGUGUUUGAUCCCUGAAGAGCUUUUUAAAAAUUGUACUUGGGGAAAAAUUCAGCCAUCUUUUCAAAUAAAUUACAUGAAAGAUUU